AUGGAGAAUGCUCAUAACCUUGCGGUUCUGAGAACUUUAAGACCUGGAGAUAUGGUGGAAUUCCAAAGGGCAUGGUAUUACUCUCACUGGGGUGUUUAUAUAGGUUACGAUAACAUUGUGCAUUUGAGCGGAGACGACGGUUCUGGAAGUUGGGAUGCUUCUAGAUCAGAUAGCCCGUUAUGCAUUUGCGGGAAGAAUAUUGACAAAGCCCGUGUGAAGAUUGACAAGUUUUUUGAUGUGGCAAAAGGAUGCAAAGCUAAACGAAACAAUGAUAAAGAUCGGAAAUGCAGGCCAUUAGACCCACAUGAAAUCGUAAGGAGGGCAAAGGAAAUGGUCGGGAAGUAUGGCUACAACGUCUUAAGGAAUAACUGUGAACAUUUUGCUUCCUAUCUUAGGUACAACAUAAAAUGGUCAGAACAGGUUGACAGCAUAGCAGCAAAGGUUGUGAUAGGCGGCACUUUAUUUGUGUUUGGUGCACUAGCUAAAGCCUUCUUAAGUUCAUGGAAACAAAAUAAAAAAUAA